AUGGAGAAACUUUUGUUCACCGUUGAGAAAGAGAUUGCAAUAUUUGCUGAUGCAGAGUCAAGAGUAAAAGUGCUGGAUCAGUCUUCAUGGCCCAUGGCUAGCAAAAUGUUGCUCCCAAGGCCAUGGAGUCCUGAUCUUGAUUUUCACAAAGAAGAGUUGAAUGCUACUCUAGUUUGGGUGCAAUUCCCAAGAAUGAAGCUCCAAUACUAUACUGAAGCUGGCCUGAGUGAACUUGCAAGUUUUAUUCGUGUACCUUCUCGGAUGAAUUGCGUGCAGGGAUGUGACAAGUACCAACCAAUAGGGUAUGAAUGGAUUCCAGUCGGGUGUUCUCACCGCCAGAAAUUUGGACAUAAUGUGAAAAUGUGUCCAUUGGUGGCUAAAACUACCAAAAGGGUAUCAAAGGAAUCAAAAGGUGAUAUUUCCAAAUCAGUUGGGAAAGUGCAUGAAGAAAAAGCAGAGAAAUUGGUUGUCUUGGAAGAGGAUAAUGUAGUGGCUCCUAGAUAUACUAAGGUGGAUGAAUGCUCAAAUAAGGCUACAGGUCGAGUGACUCAACUGGGGUCUAACUCUGCUCAAACAGGUACAAUCUCAGUUUCUACAGAAGCUGGACCUAUUUUAGUUGGGAAUGGCAGCUCAGGUGGUGUGAGGCUGAAUCUUGAAUUGGGAAAAAACCUGUAG